AAAACAAAUCUAGAUUAGCGGUAUUUGCAACACAGAUUAUAGGUUAAGUCCGAUAAAAACAUAAACAAAAAACCAAUCAUAGCGCUAAUUUAAAAUCAAUUCCAUAAAAUCGUUUAUAUGCAAUUAAUAAUUCAACCGUAGCCAAUAUCAAGGGUCGGUUAUAAUGUAAAUUGCUCCCAAUAGUUAAUAACGGCAAUAUGUUGUCCUGAUAUAAAUUACAUAUUCAAUGGUGUAAAUAACUUUCUAGAACUUCGACGUACAAUACCAAAUGACUGGCCAAAAUGUCAGGCGAAUCUAAAGGCUUCAUCGCUGCCCUUGACGUUGGAACCACUACGCUGCGUUGCCACAUAAUCGACAGCACGGGCGCCGCAGUGGGAAUUGCAAAUUCCGACAUAAAACUGCUGUAUCCAGAGAAAAAUCAGGUGGAGAUAGACCCCGAGGAACUAUGGAAUAGCAUUGUCGAUGUAAUAAAAAAGGCGACCUUAGGCGCGAACUUAACUUUUGGUAGAAUCAAAUCUUUGGGCAUUUCUACCCAACGGGGGACGUUUCUGACAUGGAGAAAAAGCAAUUUCAAGCCUCUCCACAAUUUUGUCACGUGGAAAGAUUUACGAACUACGGAAUUAGUAAAAGAUGUGAAUAGAUCUUGGAGAAUGGUUGGCCUUCGCACAAUAUCCUACAUCGGUUACAUCUUCACUAGACUGGCAAAGCUCCACCUGGCAAGUCAAUUGCGGUUUUCCAGCUUGCACGUGACGGUUCGCUUGCUAUGGAUCCUACGUCAUAACGAAGAGGUACAGCAAGCGUUGAAAGAUGACGAUGUGUCGUUCGGAACUAUGGAAACAUGGCUGCUCGAAAAAUUGACAGGCGGCAAAUCUUACUUCACCGAUAUAUCGAACGCGAGCGUCACCGGCCUGUUUGACCCAACAGCUCUGUGUUGGAGUUUUGUACCGCGCCUUAUGGGUAUACCAACGACGUUACUGCCGCCCGUGGCAGAUAAUGACUGUAAAUUCGGAGAUACUCUGCGUGAAAUUUUCGGAGUGCCUAUUCGGAUUGGCUCGGUGAUGGCGGAUCAGUCGGCUUCGAUGUAUGGCUCCUGCAGCUUCAAAGAAAACGAUUUGAAGCUGACCCUUGGCACGGGGGCAUUUAUGAACGUGAAUACGGGUGAGAAGAUUCACGCCAGUCUGAAUGGAAUGUAUCCGCUUAUCGGAUGGAAAGUUAAAAAUCGAUUGACUUACGCUUUGGAAAUUUCCUGUUCAGAUGCUGGUUCGCUAGUUCAGUGGAUGCUAAACGCUGGAUUGCUAAGCAAUUCAUCCGAGUCCAGCUCUUUAGCCAGCAAGCUGUCAGAUAAUGGAGGAGUCUAUUUUGUACCAGCAUUUAGCGGAUUAGGUCCACCCAUCAGCAACGAAACAGCAGCUACCGGUUUCAUAGGAGUGACUCCGAAAACCACUAAAGACCACCUCGUCCGGGCCGUGCUCGAGAGUAUAGCAUUCAGAGUCGCGCUGGCGUACAAUAUGCUAAGAAAAGAGCGGGCAUUCGCAUUUCGCAGUAUAAAGGUAGAUGGUGGUGUGUCGAAAAACGAUUUUAUCUGUCAAAUGGUGUCCGACCUUACCGAUUUAAAAGUGGAAAGGUUAUCGUCAGAAAUGUCGGUUCUGGGAGCCGCUUACGUUGCCGGGUUGUCCUGUGGAAUGUGGAGUUCCGAGAGCGAAUUGACUGGCAUGAUUAAAAUUCAACGAACGUUCCUGCCGACGAACGAUCCCAAGUACAAGAAAUCUGUUGACGUGAGUUUGCAUCAAUGGCAACGGGCUGCUGAAAGGUUUUUGUCAUGGUACGAGUAUAUUUGACUGAUUUGUAAUUUUGGUAAUAAAAGAGGG